GACCCUUAAUUAGUCCAAAACCAUCACAAGCGCUUCUAUAGCUAUAUAGUUUCUACUACACUAAGCUUUCUUUACUGUACUAGGAGCUCACUGAGUCGCCACAGGAUGUCCAAGAACACUCGUACGGAUGACUUCAGGAAGGUAGAUGUGGAUGAGCUCGACGAGGAGAACUUCAGAGAUGAGGAUACUCAAGAUGAGAGUGGUGAUACAGAUACUGUCAGUCAGAGAGAGUCUGAGAUCAAGAGCCUCGUGUCCUCUGGUAAUACUCAAGGGGCACUUCAAGUAGCACUGAAAGAUCCUCCGUUUGGAGUCAAAGACAAGGCCGUGAAGGAUCGUAACUUCAGUAUGGUACUGGAUGUUCUGACAAGGUUCAAGUCCUCUGAGAUUGGCAAGACUGUGAGCUCACUAGACAACGAACAGAGGGACAUUCUUAUGAAGUACAUCUACCGAGGGUUUGCAGAACCAACUGAGAAUUCUUGUGGCACGUUACUGGUCUGGCACGAGAAGGCCGUGGCUGAGGCUGGACUGGGAUCUAUUAUUCGAGUGAUGACUGACAGAAAGACUGUAUGAUAGUUCAGACACUAGUGUACUGUCAUUGUGUGUAUUUCAAGUGAUUUCUUAGCUCUUUUGUAGCACAUGAAGUUUGAACUUUAGUGUACGUAAGAAUAGCCAUUUUUGAGUAUAAUAUAGAACUUUUGUGAUACAUCGUUAUUGUUGGUUUUUCAAUUCAAUAA